CUGUAGCCUGUAGGUGUAGUCUAUGGUGUUGUACAUAAUCGGAUUUUCUCCAUGUACUUGUAAAGCGACUUUUAAAACUCUAGUUAAUUUUUAAAAGAUGUCUGGAGUAGGUGUUCACUUUGCACCUGAUUGUAUACCAACACGCCAUGGUAUUGCCAAACUGUUUCAGCUUGGAACAACGCUGCUGGCUUUCAUCUGUGUCCAAGUCGCCAACUAUCCAUAUUUUGCUGCUGCCAAGUAUUUCCUUUACCUCAGCGUGAUGACAUUGAUAGUUACAGGUCUUCUUGGAUUUCUCUACCUAUUAUUUAUACCUGGAACAUACAGAUUGCCAUGGGUAUUUGCUGAGAUGGUCUACUGUGGAAUAGUGACCGUUAUGUUUCUUGUUGGCUCUGGGAUCCUGGCUACGAAUGCAUCAUAUUCAGCAGCACUAGGAGCUGGUUCAUUCUUCGGGUUCAGCGCCAUGUUAGCGUACGGCGUCGAUGCCGUCAUCAAGUUCAUGUGCUGGAGAAGUGGCGAGACAACGCAGUGUGCGGCUGCAGGGCCGGGUCGGGGCGGAGCAGCCACAACCAGCUCCCCAAGCCAUGCGUAGCUGCCAGUCACAGGUGCUGCCCCCUGUCAAGCCCGAGAAGUGCUAUUAACGACGAUCAAACUUUCACGUUCGUGCGAAGUAGGUGCUCUGCAGUGCAAUCGGCAGCGUCGAUAAUGAUUGCCGGUGUUUUAUUUUAAUGGAUUCAUUGCCGUGCAUAUUAUUUCGUGUAUUUAAGUGCAAUUUAAGUAGAUUUAAGUGGGUCGUCGUGUUAAUAGUGCUGAAUCUCUGCUGAUGUAAGAUUGAAAAACACACGCUGAGAGAGUUAUAUAUAUAUGUAUCUCAUCUUAGAUGAAGAUGAGUUGCAGAACAUAGUGAUAUUGCUGCUGCUUGUAUUAUGUAGUAAUACCCCGCAUUACGAUAACUCGCAUUGCAUGAAUUCUUCCACACGUAGUUUGUAAGUCGUGACCAUUAAACUCAGGAUGUGACAAUCCCCGA